AUGGUCAAAUUAUCUUCAGAAUCUAUUCUUAAUUCGUUUUUAAAGACCAUAAUAAGUGGACUAAUAGCUGCCAUCUCCUUCUCCUCCUCCUCCUUCUUCUUCACCUCCUCCUCCUCCUUAUUCUUUUGCCCCUCCUUCUUCUUCUCCCCCUCCGUCUUCGUAUUCCUUCUUUCUUCCUUCUUCUUUCCUCCUCCCUUUUCUCCUCCUCUUCCCUUCUUCUUCACCCCCCUCAUUCUUCUUCUUUUCUUCAUCUUCUCCUCCUCAUCAUCUUUCUUUCUUUCUUUCUUUCUUUCUUUCUUUUCUUCUUCUUCUUCUUUCCUCCUCCUUUUUCUCCUUCAUCUUCUCCUACUCUUUCUUUCAUCCUCAUCCUCCUUCUUCACCUCUUCUUUCUUUUCCCCCUCUUCCUGCUUCUUCUUCUUCUUCUUCUUCUUUCCUCCCCGUUUUUCUCCUUCAUCAUCUCCUCCUCCUUCUUUCCUCCUUCUUUCCUCCUACUCAUACUUCUCCUCCUCCUCUUCCUUCUUUCCCUCCUCCGCCUGCUUCUUCUUCAUCUUCUAUUACCUCCCUUCCCGUGCUUCUUACUGUCCUCUUUGUUUGUCGUCUGCUUUCUCGUUCGCCAUCUUUCUCAUUCCCUCACACCAUCUCUUAUUGUCUAUAUUAACUUCUUCCUUCUUUUCUAUUACCCACUUUUUAGAAUUUACCUUCCGCCAUUUUUCUGUAGAAGUUCUUUGUCGUUUUUUUUCUCAUCUUAAUCUCGUUCCUCUUUUUCUCCUUUAUUCUACGUCCCGUUUUCCUUCGCCUCAAUUUCACAUAAAGUCUUCUUCUGACUCAGAGAAAAUUUCGGGUUAA